AUGUCUCCAGGCGACAAAAAGACAAAGUCCCUUGAGGACAAGGCUCCGGAACCCCUUUCAUCUCCGCACAGCCUCGGCGUCGUCGAAGAGGACAGUUGCCUCUCUCAGACAUCUUCCGCUUCACCCCCGUCAUCCAAAUCGACAAGAACCCUACAUUCUCAACAGUCUCGACCUGGACAGUCUCCUUUCUUUGCAGGCUCCCGAAGAGACUACCGAUCCGGUGGAUACCCAUAUCGUCCUGCUCGUCUCAGCGACUCAACUCCGUCCCCUCGAGAUAAGCGUUUCCCAGAGACAUUCAAGUCCGCAGUCACAGCUUCAUCCGACGUUUCAAGCUUAUCUUCACCCCUUGUAAACGGAACAAAGGAUUCUAGCAGUCCCUUUUCACCUUCCAGCUUCUCAUCGCACUCUUCCCCAACACCACUCAACGAGAAGGACGGCAAUCUUUCACUCUCUCGUGCACCAAGACGAGUUCUCCGGCCAGACAACUGGUGGCAGAAGCACAGCAAACAGUCGCCAAGUGAUUCUGAGUCUGCCAGACCCUCUCUUCUUUCUGUCAAGUCUCCACUCCCACUUGGUGAAGAUCUUACAGGGCCUCCUCCCCUUCCCCGGAAAUCACCUCUUCGACCGGCAGGCCUUCCACUUCCUGCUCCUACCAGCCAAACUCCCGCCAGAAAGUCUGAUUCUGGGCCACACGAAGAUAGAGCACUCUGGGAAGAGCUAUCUCCGCCUCCGCUUUGCGUCCGCAAGACUAGACUCCCGGUAACUCCAUCACAACCUGAAGCAGAAGAUCGGCAGCCGAAGACUCUCGAUUCCGCAGGUUGCCAAGAGGCCCUUGAAUCUCCAUCUCCAGAGUACACACCGCUCACCCGUGAGUUUGUUCUUCGACGUCUCCUUUCAGAAGAGUCAUUCAAAGAAGCGACAAGAGCCCGCCCGGGAGUACGCGAAGAGGAGGAAUUAGACGCUGAAGUUAUUGCACACCGUAAAAAGACCCUUGAAAUUCUUGAAUCUUCUCCAGAAGUGUAUGAGUCUAACACCCCGUUGAAGAGAACCAAGACUUUCAAACAACGACGCCGAGCAGGCGCGACUUUCACGAUGGAUAGCCUUCAUCCCGACUCUGCCUCAGGUAUGACAGCUCAUCGCCGCGAGGCAGUUCGGCUUGCCCAGGAACAACAGCGCGUAGUUGUGGAGAAGUGCAAGAGAUCGAAGCAAGCUGAACCUGAUUAUGUUUUUGAUGAGUUGAUUGGCAAAGGUAGCUUCGGUAGAGUGUACAAAGGACGUCAGCUUUCCACCUCCAAGGUCGUUGCUAUCAAAGUUCUCGACAUCGAUGAAGCAGAUUUUCAUGCCUUUGGCGAUCACAAGGACGAACAGAUCCGAGACUUCAACCGGGAAAUCAGGAUCUUACGGCAAGCUCAAGAGAGUGGAGCAGAAAACCUCAACCAAAUGAUCGAAGCUUUGCCGGUGCACAGUCAGCUGUGGUUGGUGUGUGAAUAUUGUCCUGGCGGCAGUGUGAAAACUCUGAUGCGAGCGACCAACGACAGACUUUCUGAAAAGUACAUUGUAAUUGUCGCAAGGGAAUUAGCCAAAGCCCUCAAAGGUCUUCAUCAAGCAGGUAUCAUGCACAGAGAUGUCAAAGCUGCCAAUGUUCUUAUUCACCAAGAAGGUCGCCUAGAAUUGUGUGACUUCGGCGUUGCCACAAUCCUCGAUACCCAAACAGACAAGCGAAAGACAUUCAUUGGAACUCUGCACUGGAUGCCACCGGAGCUAUGGACAGAGAAUCCCGAGUAUUCAGACGAAGUCGAUGUAUGGGAAUAUGGCUGCACCAUCUAUGAGUGUGCCAUGGGACGGCCACCAAAUAGCGAUCUCCGUGAGCGACAACAACUCAAAAUGAGAAUGAGGCGCUUGAAGCAGGCCAUCUCUCUUCCAGAAAAUGAGAAUUUCAGUGACGGCCUUCGUUCACUUGUCUCCUACGCAUUAACUCCUGACGCCAACACACGACCAUCAAUGGAGGACGUGUUACAACAUGAUUUUCUAAAAGACACAGAGGAGACACAUCCGACAAGUAUGCUCACCGAGCUUGUUCAAACAUAUUACGCUUGGCUGUUUAGUGGGGGUCAAAGAAUCUCUCUGUUCAUGCCUGGUGGCGCGGCGGCCGCUUCUGCUCAAGGUCCGGAUGCCGACUUGGAAUCUGAUGAUGAAUGGAACUUUAGCAUGACUCAAGAUUUCGAAAAACGCGUCUCUGCAAUCUUGGAGAUCCCUGACUUCUCGGACUUUUCUCCUAGCGACAGCAUGACAGGAGAAGAAACACCAAAAGGAUUGAACAGACCCGGAGGUCUCUCACCCCCCAAGGAAAUGACAGCAGCUCAAAAGGCCAACUUUGAAGCCCGCGUCAAACGAGGAGCGGAUCUCUCCAACCUUUUCGACCAGGACAAGCCUGCAUACGAAUACAAGACCAAGACAGAUUUCAUUCCGAUCCCCGAACAACGGCGGAUAUCCGACUUGCCAUUCCGAGCCAUGGCAGAGGACCGGCCUAGCUCUAUCGCAUCCAAUGUCAUUGAUCUCGGAGACUUUGAUGAAGCCGACUACGCAGUUGCCGCUGCACCAAGAACUGAUGACAAAAUCCAAACCGCUUAUGCUGCACCGCCAUUGAAGGAAGAGACCAUCAGACUUGCGGAUGCAUCUACACUUCGGGAGAAGCGAGCCAAUUCCAAAGGCCCUCGGGACCCCAAUAACCAAUCUCUCACGGCUCGAAGAGCGUCGUCCGCAGAAGGUGUUGCGCCCUCGAGUACAUCCGCGCAUGAUUUUGCAAUGUCUCAAGAGGAAUGGACUAUUAAGAACAGAACCAAAGCUCCUGAGCUGCAAGAGCCAGCCGAGAUCACAUCUUCCCGACCCGGUCACGCGACAAUGGACUGGUCCUUCGCAAACGCAAUGUCUGAGGCUGCAGUGACGAUCCCACAAAUAAAUGUAGCGCCCGAACCGGAGCCGACUAACGGUCAUGAUAUUCCAGGACCACCAGAAGAGGAGAUCGAGACAGAAGCCGAUCCGGACGACAAGACCAAGAGACACAAGACAAUGGAUUGGUCAUUCUCUUCCGCCAUGGCUGAAGCCAAAGUUACCGAAGACUACGAAGAGGAAGAAUCCCUGGGAUCGUCACCCCCAACGACCGCUCUUACAUAUCAGAAGCCUCAUCCCGGCUCCAGACCGACACCAACCCGUCCAGCCCCGUUAGCGCGCCAAAUGACCAUGCCGGUGACGAUUGGUGACUUUGUUCAAGCUGAAGAACAGGAGAUCCCUCGACCAUCGACCGCUCUGUCUGAAGCAUACAGUGAUGUUUCUGCAUCAUCGACGGACGUGGAUCCGUUCGGGCUUGAGCGGGACAAUGACGAAGACGACCGAGAUCACCCGGGUCCUGCUACGAUGGACGAAGACGUCAACAUGGGUGGAUUCUACUCUGGGAGAGGGAGGACGAUGCUCGCCGGGUAUUCCUCGGGAGCAACCACGCCAUUGACGGCGUCCGGGCCGCGUCCGGCACCGUAUGCUUUGGGACGACCGGCGCGUAUUGGCGAGGACGGCUUUCCGGGCCCAAGUCACUCUCACCCGGCAGCACACAACAUGCACCGGGUCUCAAACUCGUCCGUCACCUCGAAUGCAACGGCCAUUCCGGCAGGUGGCGCCCAGGGCCCCCUCGUGGCCUUCGUCCCGCCUGCAUCGCCUCCCAGCACCGCCGCGAUGUCCGCCAACGCCUCGAAUGACGAGGUUGAGGCGGAGUUGAUGCGGUUGCUGGAGGGGAUGCAGGGGACGUUGAAUGCUGCGAGGGAGGUCGUGGGUGGCCUUGAGAGGAGGAGAGCGCGGGGGGAGGAGGAGGAAUGGGUGUCUGAAGAGGAGUAG